AUGGCCGCCCCGUUCCCCUCCCCAACCGCCAAAUGGCAUACAACCACCUACCCAACCCUCUCACCAGCCCGCCCUGAACUCUCAGCAAAGGGUAGAACUGUCCUCAUCACCGGUGGUGGUACAGGUAUAGGUGCCGAAACAGCUCGCUAUUUUGCCCAGGCAGGCGCAUCUCGGAUCGCACUCUUGGGCAGACGGGAACAGCCCUUGCUGGAUACAAAGGCAUCUAUUGAGCAGAUCAACGGCGAUGUCGAUGUCUUCGUUGCUCCAACAGAUAUCACGAACAAAGAACAAGUCGAUGCCGCUUUUGAUCGAUUUGUCGGGGGCGAUCAACCGGGCAAAAUAGACAUUCUAAUCAGCAACGCAGCCAUUGUCGGACCCCUAAAUCCCAUCAGCAGCGUGGAUGCUGAUCAAUUCCUAGACGCAAUCAAUGUAAUCAUCAAGGGCUCCUUGUACGUCGCACAGGCAUUUCUACGCCAUGCCGUGCCCCAGGACGCCGUCAUCGUUGAGACGAAUUCUUCCGCCGCUCACCUCAAUUUUGCGCCUGCAUUUGUCUCGUAUAGUGUCGCCAAGUUGGCCGUUUACAGACUUUGGGAUAGUUUGGGAUUCGAGUUCGAGAAGGCUGGAAUGAGAGUGUAUCAUGUUCAGCCUGGUGUGGUUAAUACGGAUAUGAAUAAGGAGGCUGGCGGUGUCAAGGCGGUGGGAUUUGAGGAUCACGUCUCUCUACCAGCAAGCUUCAACCUCUGGCUCACGAGCCCCGAAGCCAAAUUUCUCAAGGGCAAGUUCCUCUGGGCGAAUUGGGAUGUGGAUGAACUUAAAAUACGAGCAAAAGAGAUUGAGGAAGGGUCGGAAUUCAACAUUCAGGUUGUAGGGUGGCCGUUUGGGGAGAAGAAUUGGAAGUCUGGAUGGCAGGUUUCUUAA